UCUACACAGUUGAGGCCCGGCCGACAAACUUUUCCCACUUGUUUCUUUUACCAUUGACAAAAGAAUUAUGACGCUAAAUUGCUCCAUAAGUAUUGCACAUGUGCCAUGGACGUCUAGAAGUGUGCCGGGCAAAAACUGAAGCGUGACAGCAAGGACAAACUUAGAAAACGCUACCUGAUUCGGCGACGCGUGGGGAGGGCGAGCUCAAGCUUGAAGUAAGCACGUCACUGAUCGCCGCCUCUUUGCUGGGGGCACCUCUUCACAUAAGUCUCAAUCUCUCCAGUCCACAGUACUCCUGCCGUUAUAUCAAUGAUGAUUUCCAGAGCCCAUUCCAGACCCGAGAUGAAGAAUAGGAAAGAAGACCCCAGACGACAGUCUCACCGUGAUCGUCCUGACAAGAGACUCGCUUCUGCCUCUACAAGCGGGUUGUUGGUAGUCAGAGUGUCGGCCAGCGUAAAUAAAAGCAAAGUGGGUCAGCCAGGGGGAAAUGGAGAGGACGAAUUCACGGAUAUAUACGGCUCAGGAGACAAGCACAAACAGGCGUUCUACCAGCGUCUCAACCAGCAGAGGGAGACGGGACAUUUGUGCGAUGUCGCAGUCGUGGUGGAGGGACAAAGAUUCUCUGCUCACAGGUGUGUGCUAGCAGCCCAGAGUGAUUACUUCCAUGGUCUGUUCAACCAUUCUUUUAUUGAAGGACAGCAGAAAGAGGUAAAUAUUGGAGAGAUCACAGCGAACACUAUGGCGCAGGUGCUGGCAUUCCUGUACUCAGGCAGCUGCAGAGUGAACGUGCGGACAGCUGUAGAUGUCCUGAUGGCAGCGGACAUGCUGCUCCUUCCAGACUUAAAACAACGAAUAAUUGACUUUCUGAUAGAGAAUGUUUCAUUUGACGAUAACAUGCUCUUUCGGUACCGCCUUGGUAGGGAGUAUAGCAUUAGUAACUUGGAACUUGGAGCUAGAGGAAAGAUAGCAACAGAGUUCUUUACCUUUGUCAAGACAGAAGAUUUCCUACAACUGACAAAGGAUGAGUUUGCAGUGUUUCUUGCAGGUAAUGAGGUAGUUCUUGGAGGUGCAAGUGUAACUCCUGAAUGCCGUGAGGAGCUUGUGUUCCAAAGUGUGGUGAGAUGGGUCCAGGCGGGCUCCUUGAGGGAGCAGCACGCUAAAGAGUUAAUGUCCAACAUCCGAUUCCCUCUCAUGAACAAAACGUACAUAUUAGAUGUUGUGAAGGGAGAGCCAUUGAUGGCAGUAUGUUCUGAGUUUAUAGAUGAGGCAGUGGAGUAUCAGAAUACAGAGGAGGGUGGGAGGGGGCACCUCCAGACUAACCGUACCCGCCCUGUCCUGAAAAGCUCUGAGCCAGCUAUCUGUGCUGUGAGACAGGAAGGCCCGCGAGCCCACCUGGCUUGCUUUGUGGUGAGUCACAACAGAUGGUACGAGCUUCAGACUCUAUGUCUACAGGACGGAGAGUCUGUCACGUGUGCGACCGCGUUUGGGUCAGGGCCAGCACUGAGUCUUAUGGUCGGGACGUCCUCUGGUCGUGUGUAUGAUGUCCAAGUGACCCAGCUAGUGGAGUUAAGCACCACUCUACCUGGUCAUGUAGCAUGUGACAAACUGUUGUCAGUGUCAGUGAAGGGAAGUAAGAAUGUCUAUGCACUUUGCAGUGAAACAGAUCCAAGUACAGGAUCUACUUUCUCAAGGAUGUUCUCUUUGUCUGUUAAGCAGUAUGUUGAUACUGCUAGUUGUAAGGAGCUCCCAGGAAUACCUCAUACUUUGAAACAGUACGAGGUAUCAGUCAUGAACCAGAAGAUUUGGGUGUUAGGUGAAAGUGUUGAUCCAAGACAAGACUACAAGACCCUGCAAUGUUUUGAUGUUAGUUUCUCUACCUGGUCUGAAACUGUUAUCCCUCUCACGUUUCUCCCCAAGACACCAUAUAUUGCAUGCUUCCCUGUACCAGGUAGCGUGUAUAAUUCAGUACUUGCAUCACUGUGCUUUCUUGUUGGAAGGCAAAAGCUGCAGUUCUCUGAAAGGCUGGCCAAAUGGGCGAAAUGCCGCAGCUUUCAGCUGCCCGGCGACUCUGACACAGUCGAUGACUAUUUUAUGGUGCACGCAAAUGGCUGUCAUCUUCUGUCAAAGGUACCGGUGAAUGGAAAGUGUCAAUUUCGCUGCCAGAAGACUUUCAGAGCAGGACGGGGCUGGGACCUCAGGCCUUCCCUUCCGUGGGACAGCUGCACAUUGUUGUUUGGCACCUAGUCAGUCGCCAUGCUCAAACAAAUAGCCUUCCACGAGCACUGUCGGAUAUGGUUGGUUCUGAGCACUGAUUCGCGAUUUUCAACAUUAUGGGCCAAGCGCAGACAUAAGCUUCUUGGCAUAAGACGCUGUUUCAGAGAACCUGGCACACAAUGUUGAAAAUUGCAAGUAUGCUAAUCUCUAAGCAGAUUUUACGGUGCCAUAAGAUAGUAUCAAAGCUGGCAAGGGAGUAUGGCCGACCAAAGGGAAUCAGACGGGCAACGUACUCCAUAGCAUACAAACUCCUAGCCUGGCUUCACUCUUCUGACAGCUUUUGAUAUUAUUGUCUUAUGCUACCAUAGGAUCUGCUUGGAGAUUAUAAGUCAGCCCCUUCCCCCAACAAUAACCACAAGUACUCGUGCUGCAAAGGAGGCUACGCUCAAACAUGUCUGCUGUUCCCCAGUUUGACUUCAUAAUGUUAAGUGCCAGAAAUUAUUUUCCUACACAUCAUGAGGUAGCAUCCGUACCCUUUUUGUGGUCUUUGAAUACAUCAGGUCAUGAGUGCCAAAAAUAACACAAUUGUUAUCUCAGGGAAUGGUGGCCAAUAGUGUAACAUUAAAUUAUAUGAUUUUAGUGUAAGAUACUAAUAGUGUUGCAAUACAGAUUUUUAUACAUAAAGAAAAUCUCCAUUGUGGAAGACUAGCUAUUAAUUCUGGUACAUUCUGUAAUAUACAAUCCUGUUCCUCAUUGUCAAACAAGCCUUCUAAUGUCUACUUUGUGAUGAUUGUGCACUCAUAAUGACUUUGACUUUGAAGUUUACGUCUUAGUGGUGGUAACAGAAGAGUGAUGCAAGUUUUGUGGAAAAAAAAUUAUAGAACUGUUUCAGUUUUGAUAGCUUUUUGUUUAAGUCUUGACCAAUUUGUUACGUACUAUCUUUUACGCUGUGUUUUAGGCAAUGUUACAAGCUGUGACAUGAUUUAUUUCAGUAUUGAUAGCUUUGUGUGUAAGUAAAUAUGAUCAAUAUUUGUAAUGUACAAACUCUUAGGCUGAAUUUUAGGCAAUAGUACAAGCUAUAACAUUAUUCAUUUCUUUAGUGAUAGCUUAUUUGUUUAAGUCUUACCCAAUAUUUGUUAUGUACCUUUAAGGCUGUGUUUUGCGCAAUGUUACAAGAUAUAAAGUUAUUACAACGUUUUUUUAGCCUUGCAUGCCUAAUACUUUAUGUACCAACUAUUUAGCUGUGUUUUAGGCAAUGUUACAAGCUGUUACAUUAUUUCAGUAUUGAUAGCUUUAUGUUUAAGUCUUUGCCAAUAUUUGCUAUGUACAAACUUUUAGGCUAUGUACAAACUUUACGCUGUGUUUUCGGCAAUAUUACGUCAAGCUGUACAGUUAUUUCAGCAUUAAUAGCUUUAUGUUUAAGUCUUGACCAAUAUUUGUCAUGUUUCAGCUAUAAGUACAAGUAGUAUAUAUAGUGCUCUCAAAUGUAGUGUGCUACUAAUGUU